UUCAGCGUGCAGGCGGAUAAAUAACAGAGCGCAUCCCCAGGGAGACUCACUCCGCUCUGUGCAGUCUCUCUGUUUGGACUCCAGCUGCUCCCUCUCUGCUGGAUUUAACCUCAGAUUUGAUUUCUGCAGAGGCGGUCAUGGUGGAUCAGAGUCCGUUGAUGGAGGCUCUGAGCGGGGUGACUCUGUACGGUCUCUCGGUGCCGCUGCUUCACAUCCAGGACAGAUCAGAGCAGGAGGAGAGGAAGCAGGAGACCGGGAGUGUUCUCCAUCAGAUCAUGACCAUCACGGAGCAGAGUCUGGAGGAGGCGCAGGCAAAGAAACACGGGUUGAACUGUCACAGGAUGAAGCCGGCUCUCUUCACUGUCCUCUGUGAAAUCAAAGAGAAAACAGGUCUGAGUAUCCGCGGGGUGCAUGAAGAAGAGCCUCCAGACGCUCAGCUGAUCCGACUGGACAACAUGCUGCUGGCAGAGGGGGUGUCGGGACCGGACAAGGAUGGUGGAGCAGCGCUGGCUGCGGCGGGCGGAGCGACCGAUAACUCCAUCGAACACGUCGACUACAGAGCCAAGCUGACACAGAUCAGACAGAUCUAUCACACAGAGCUGGAGAAAUAUGAACAGGCGUGCAGUGAGUUCACCGCCCAUGUGAUGAACCUGCUGAGGGAGCAGUCUCGGACUCGACCCAUCUCACCUCGAGAGAUCGAGCGCAUGGUGAAGAUCAUCCACAGAAAGUUCAGCUCCAUCCAGGUGCAGCUCAAACAGAGCACCUGUGAGGCCGUCAUGAUCCUGCGCUCAAGGUUCCUCGAUGCCAGGCGAAAAAGGCGAAACUUUAGCAAACAGGCCACAGAAAUCCUGAACGAAUAUUUUUACUCACACCUGAGCAACCCGUACCCCAGUGAGGAGGCCAAAGAGGAGCUCGCUAAAAAGUGCAGCAUCUCUGUUUCACAGGGUGGGGGGAGCUGCAUCACGGUGUCUCAGGUUUCUAACUGGUUCGGAAACAAGAGGAUCAGAUAUAAGAAGAACAUCGGGAAGUUUCAGGAGGAGGCGAAUCUGUACGCAGCCAAGACGGCGGUGUCGGCAGCUCAGACUGUGGCUGACGUCUCUCCAGACACAAAAACCUCAGGUUCUUUAAAGCUCAAAAACUCCAUGUUCACCAGCAUGCCGAGGGUUAAUGGGCUCCCUAACUGCCGGGCUCAAGUUGGAGCAGGUGUACUUUCACAGGCAGAUACCAUUCACCAUGCUAUCAGUCUGACAGGGUUCAGUGAUCUUGGCCUCAGACAACCGUUGUACGGCUCUCACGGCCUUAACGUGAACGUUGGCUGGCAUGAUGCUCUGAGACCUCCAUCAGUGACCUCGCUGAGUGAAGAACCAGCCAGUGCACAUUCUGAUACCUCGAACUGACCUCGAGCGUGGAACAUGAAACCUUUGACUUCUGCAAAUCGGCCACCGGCUUUGAUAUGAUACUGAUCUGGGCUGACAUUUCAAAUAAAAGGAUGUUGUUGAUGUUGUUAAAUCUUAGAUGACAAGACAAAUAUUUUUUACAUUCAGAAUGAAGGACGGUGAUGAUGAACCGAAGCAAUGAGUUUCAUUUAAUUAAUCUGCUCCAGGGCUCUUAUUCAAACUGUAGUAAAUACUGAGGAACCUUUUAAAUGUUGACUUUUUUGAACAUCUUUAAUACAUAACCACACCAAUAUCCACCUGUAGGCUCCGACUGGAGGGUUCAGGAUGUUAUCUCAUCCUUCCAAAAAGGUCGGAGGUCGGAGUUGAGACUCUCAAACUCAAACUGUGUUCUGCCAGAGCAAUAAACA